AACAACCCCAACAACAAACCCCCAAACAUAGCAUCAUGAGUGAAUAUAUAGAUCGUCCCCGUUCGGAAUUAACGGAAUUGGAACUUCAAAAGCUAGAAGAGUUUGAAUUCACCCACGGACCCAUGUCCCUCUUGCAGAACGCCGUCAAUAACAACACACCUAUAGUCAUAUCCUGUCGUAAUAACCAUAAACUAAUUGCCAAAGUGAAGGCAUUUGAUAGACAUUGCAAUUUGGUAUUGGAGAAUGUGAAAGAGUUGUGGACAGAAACGGUCAAGAACAACAAGGGAAAGAAAAUAAAGUCAACACCUAAGGAACGGUUCGUGUCCAAGAUGUUCUUGCGGGGCGACUCGGUCAUAAUUAUAGUAAAGGCGUAAGUAUUAAUAAACAAAUAUCUAUA